AGCGCGCUUCGCACAGCUGCAGGUUAGCCGCUUUAGUCAAAGGGGAUCAUCUAUAUAUAAUAUAUGUGUAUGGAUUAUAAUUUAAGACAAGAAUUCCGAUGUGGUAACUUUUUAGAUUGUUGCACCAUUAAAAAGUGUGAUCCUUUUUCUGUAGCCUACUAAUUAUGGCUCGUUUCCCAAGCAUGGAAGAAAAGGGUUCUGUUUUAUAUUUAUCGCGUCUGCAUCUGGAAGACUUGAGCUUGGAUCACCUCACGGACAGUAAAAGACAACAAAUCCAGCAGCUGCAUCUCAAUUACAAUCGUUUUUCGUUUUUUCCACCUUCGGUUUGUUUUCUGUCCAACCUGGAAUAUCUGGACAUCAGCAAUAAUGCGCUCACAGUCAUACCAGAUGACAUUAUGCGCCUAACAAACCUGAAGACGUUUGUAGCAAAGAACAAUCUUCUGAACGAGUUCUCGUUCCCCAAAGAGUUUGAACGCAUGCAGAUAGAGACUCUGAAUCUGAGUGGGAACAGGUUUGAGGACAUUCCCAUGCAGUUUCUCAAGAUGACCACACUACAGUCCCUGUCACUUGGAGGAAACAGACUGAAGAAUAUCCCUGCAGAAAUAGAGAAACUGACCAGUCUAGAGAUGCUGUAUUUGGGAGGAAACCUCAUCUCCUCCAUCCCACCUGAGGUGGCUGACCUCACCAGUCUGAGAUACCUGGUUCUAUGUGACAAUCGCAUCCAAAGCAUACCGCCCCAGCUCAACAAACUACACUCCCUGCUCUCUCUCAGUCUCCACAACAACCUGCUGACCUUCCUCCCUCGUGAGAUCCUCAGCCUCGUCCAUUUGCAGGAGCUCAGUCUGCGUGGAAACCCUCUUGUUGUGCGCUUCAUCAAGGAUAUGACCUACGACCCUCCAUCCCUGAUGGAGCUGGCAGGACGCAUUGUCAAGUCCCAGAACCUGCCGUUCAGCUCGUGUGACCUACCGUCCAAUCUGAUCCAUUAUUUAAACCUGGCCAGCGAAUGUCCCAACCCGAAGUGUGCAGGUGUUUACUUUGACUCUUGUGUGAGGCACAUCAAGUUUGUGGAUUUCUGUGGGAAGUACCGCCUGCCGCUCAUGCAUUACCUCUGUUCGCCGCAGUGUUCCUCUCCCUGCAGCUCAAACCCACAGAGCGACGCGGAGUCAGAGGAGGAGAACAGCGUCCCUGCAGACAGGCUCCAGCGGGUACUGCUGGGAUAGGACAAACCUCCAACAGAGACAGUUACCUGCACCAGGAUUUCCAUUUAAUGCUUAAUGCUUCAUGUUUUACAUAGGCCUAUAAAAUGUUAAAAAACACUUAGACUCAAAAGAGUUGGGUUUUAGAACACUUUAGUAGUCACUCAAAAUAAGAGCAAUGGCUCUUUAAUGUGAUUAAUAAAGGUUUAAACUGUAAGUCAAACUUAAACUAUUCCCACUAAUGUUGCUCACAAGGCAUCUGAAAACGUUUGUAUAUUGCCUACAGUAUUUCGAGUAGGUCAGCAUGACACAGACCAAUCCUACAUGCAAUCAGAGAACACACUGACCACUUUGCACUUCUGGAAAAUGUGAUCAAUACGUGAACAGUUACUCUUUGACCUCUUCUUUGUAUCGACUGUUAAUCUGCCCUAACUUUUCUGUCCAAAGGUCAGCUUAUGGACUAUGAUGGCUACAUCACACAAUUUGAAAAUGUAUAGAAAGCUACCAUCCAUGAUUUUUUUUUUUUUUUGUAUUUAGUCUUAUUCUCAGAAGUUUGGCUACAUCAAACAGGUUUCAGAUCAGUAUUAAAAGGUUUUCUGUCUCCAAGAGCUCAUAAUGGCCUUAAUAGUAGACUAAUAAAACAUAUAUUAUAUUCCUUGAUGAUAA